AUGCCUGGGAUCGGGGCGGUGGGCGCUCGCUGCAGGCAUCGCCCGAGGCGGCGCCCCAACAAGGCCGAGGCGAGCGGCUCCCACGCGGCCGGGGAGGGCGCCCUGGAGGCGGCCAUCUGGCUCUACCAGUUCCGCCUGAUCGUGCUGGGCGACUCGACGGUGGGCAAGUCCUGCCUCCUGCACCGCUUCGCCGAGGGCCGCUUCCCCGGGCCCGUCAAGUCCGACCCCACCGUCGGCGUGGAUUUCUACUCCCGCCUGGUGGAGAUCGAGCCCGGCAAGAGGGUCAAGCUGCUGCUCUGGGACACCGCCGGCCAGGAGAGGUUCAGAUCAAUCACACGUUCUUAUUACCGACAUUCGGUGGGAGGCUUACUGGUGUUCGACAUCACCAAUCGUUCUUCUUUCGACCACGUGUGCGACUGGCUGGAGGAAGCUAAAAUGCACGCGGACCCCUUCCAGCUGGUCUUUAUCUUGGUCGGACACAAAUGUGACUUGGAGUCCCAGCGUCAGGUUUCCAGAGAGGAAGCGGAAGAACUGGCUUCCGCCUGUGGCAUGAAAUACAUCGAAACCUCGGCCAAAGAUGCCACGAACGUGGAAGAGUCUUUUACCAUUCUGACAACAGAUAUAUACGAACUUGUGAAGAAAGGAGAGAUUACAGUGCAAGAUGGGUGGGAAGGGGUGAAAAGCGACUACAUUCCAGAUGCUGGACAUUCCUUGGAGCAGGCAGACUCGCCUGGAGAACAGUGCCCCUGCUAAAAUGCUUGCAUGCCAAAGAGCUGUAUCAUGUGUUGGAGCAUGAGGCCAGUGUACAUAACAGAUUAUUAAUGGGAAGGGGCUGUGGCUCACUGGUAGUGCAUCUGCCUUGCAUGCAGAAGUUGCUGGUUCAAUCCAUGACAUUGCCGUUUAACAGAGGAAAGGGGUGAUGUGAAUGUUGUCUCCCUGAGGAGCUGAAGAGCCACGGCCAGCCUGAGCAGGCAUUGCUGACCUUGAUAGACCAAGUAUGACGAGGUACAAGGCAGCUUCAUGUGGCUGUGUAUUUAUGAAGAUGUAUCCAAUCACAGGGUAGGGGCAGGUGGGUUCCGGGAUGCCUAGGGCGUCCCUAGCAUAGCCAACAGGCCCCUGUUAAAAUCUGGAGAAUUACAUCAAAAUAAAUGUUUGGUGAUGAAAUAUGGGAUGGCCAAGAUCCUGAAGGGCUGAGAACAGGUAAAAAGCAGCUUGAUUUCAUAUUUAUCAACUUUUGUGAUUUUUUAAAAAAUACUUUAUCGAGUUUUUUUAAGGGCUGACUAAAGUCCAUUAAAGCUUAGUUGCUAAUCAUUUUGGAAUAUAAAUAUGAAUGUCAUUGUGAGAAGCACAGCAUGUUGAUCUCAUAUAGUUUAGUGUCCACCGUGUUCAUGAAAAUGAGCUGCAAAUUAAUUUAAAAACAAACAAGGUGCCUAUGCAGUUUUGCAACGGCUCCCCAUCUGUUUUUAACAAGGGCCUCUGCUUUCUAACCCUGCUCAAUACGUUAACAUUGGAGACCAUAGACACCCAAACAGGUCACAAAAUGGUAGUUCAGCGUCGAGUUCCCUGUCCCUUCUUUAUAUCUUUGUGUAACAGAUAACUUUUUAUUUUCCAUGGUGAAAGCAUGGUUUACUGAUGUGCAAAAGAAAUAUUAUGGCAAGCAAGCAAAAUUACUGUUAAAUAGCAAGUUCAUUUUCAUGUUUUUGUGAUAAUUCCCCCCCACACACACACGCACAUGCAAGACUUUACAUUGUGAAAAGUGGUAAAAAUAAAACUCUGGUCUGGACUAUGCUUAGUAUGUUCACAAAUCCCCUGCUUUGAUUCACCAAACCUCACACAGAAGUAUGUACAUGUGAAUGAGUGUUACCCCAAACCACAGAAGCCUUCUGGAGCUUCAGGGAUACACAGAAUUCUCCAGGCCAUAAGAGGCCCUCCUACACUCCAGGAGCCGCUCUGUGCAUACAUAAGGACGUUUAUUCACAUCCAGACAAAGGUUUGUGUGCAUUAUGAUCCAUAUGCUGCUUUGCGUCAAUGUCAUGUACUUUCCUACUGUGAUUCUUUGAACUUGUUGAAAUAAAUGUACAUCAAGCAAAUGCAAAAACAGUUGUUCCAUCGGUAUAAGCUUUCUCUUUGAUGUAUCUUUAAUGAGAAGCCUUACUGAAGAUGAAUUCAAUAAGCAUUAAUAUAUGUACAAAUCUGUAAAAGUACGUAGAGCAAACACGAUUUAGAACAAAGUAUUUUUGUGUUUCAGUCAUCUAUAUAGUUUGUAUGUCUAAUGGACUAAGUAUGGAAUUGAUUUAGGUCUUUCCCAUGGUGUGAAUAAAGCAGUUAAUUUGUAUAACGGGGGAACAUUAUUCCAAAUGUAAGCUGUCAUAAAUAAACUCAUAACCAGUUACCAACCUA